AUGGGAACAGGGAAAAGAGAGAUUAUGGAGAAGAAGAGAAGGUUAAAAGGGAAAAAGAUCUUUAUAGAGAACGACAGAACGAGAAAGGAAAGAAAUGCCCAGAAAGAAUUGCAUAGAAGAGCAUGGAUUGCCAAAAAUAAGGAGGAAGUGAAGGAGGUAAAAGUGGGGUUUCGGAAGCUCUGGCUAGACGGCGUGCUAUGGCGGACGUUACACUUAUCUCUGUACUCUCUCGAUCGCUCAACUGAUGGACUGAUUUGUGAACAAUUGCGAUGA